GGGGAGGUCAGGGGGCGGAGCAUGGAAAGAUGGCGGCGAAUCUAGCUAAGAGUCGGGUCUGGUGUGGAAUACAGAAAUGUGGGCUCCCGAGAUACAGGAAGUACAGCAGCUGCGGCAGCACCUACCCCAGCAUCCCCCUCUCCACCCCUUUACCCAAGCUCCCCAAGCCCAUCUUUGCCAAAGUCGACGGGCAGGAGAAGUUCGAAACAAAAGUUACCACCCUGGAGAAUGGGCUACGGGUGGCAUCGCAGAAUAAAUUUGGGCAGUUCUGUACGGUUGGAAUCCUUAUCAACUCUGGAUCCAGGCACGAGACUAAAUACCUCAGUGGAAUCUCACACUUUCUGGAAAAACUGGCCUUUUCAUCCACAGCCCAGUUUGGCAGCAAAGAUGAGAUUCUCCUCACGCUGGAGAAACACGGAGGCAUUUGCGACUGCCAGACCUCAAGGGACACCACCAUGUACGCCGUGUCUGCAGACUCCAAGGGCUUGGAUACUGUAGUCAGUCUGUUGUCUGAGGUGGUUCUGCAGCCCAGGCUCACUGAGGAAGAGAUUGAGAUGACCCGCAUGGCUAUACGAUUCGAACUGGAGGAUCUGAACAUGAGACCAGACCCAGAACCUCUGCUGACAGAAAUGAUACAUGCAGCUGCAUACCGAGGGAAUACAGUUGGGCUGCCCAGGUUUUGCCCCGUGGAGAACAUCGACAAGAUCAGCCAAAAAACCCUCCACAAUUACCUGCACAACUACUACACCCCCGACAGAAUGGUGCUGGCCGGCGUAGGCAUAGAACAUGAGCAUCUAGUGGAAUGCGCCAAGAAAUACCUGCUGGGGGUCGCACCUGUCUGGUCAUCGGGGAAGCCGAAGAUUAUUGAUAGAUCAAUUUCCCAGUACACAGGGGGGAUCGUCAAGGUGGAAAAGGACAUGUCGGACGUCAGUCUUGGCCCCACUCCCAUCCCAGAACUCACCCAUAUAAUGAUUGGCCUGGAAAGCUGUUCCUUUUUGGAAGACGACUUCAUCCCUUUUGCUGUUUUGAAUAUGAUGAUGGGGGGCGGCGGCUCAUUCUCCGCAGGAGGCCCCGGAAAAGGAAUGUUCACAAGGCUGUACCUCAAUGUGCUUAACAGGCACCACUGGAUGUACAAUGCUACCUCCUACCAUCACAGCUACGAAGACACGGGACUGCUGUGCAUCCAUGCUAGCGCCGAUCCUCGCCAGGUCAGGGACAUGGUGGAAAUUAUCACUCGGGAAUUCACUUUAAUGGCCGGAUCCGUCGGGGAGGUGGAAUUAAAUCGAGCCAGGACCCAGCUGAAAUCUAUGCUCAUGAUGAACCUGGAAUCUCGGCCUGUAAUCUUCGAGGACGUUGGCAGACAAGUGCUGGCGACCGGUACAAGGAAGCUUCCCCACGAGUUGUGUAAUCUGAUCAACAAUGUGAAAGCCAGUGACAUCAAGCGCGUUGCCACUAAGAUGCUACGGAACAAGCCCGCCGUGGCUGCCCUGGGAGACCUGACUGAGCUGCCGGAUUAUGAACACAUUCAAGCUGCCCUGUCGAGUAAAGAUGGACGCUUGCCCCGCUCAUACCGCCUGUUUCGAUAAUAUGGUUCCCCCCCCUUGCUCCUACUAAUUUAUACAACAGACUGAACUUUUAUACAAAGGCGGGACACAUUUUGGUAGUUAUUGGUCUCUUAUUUGGGAUACUAGUUCAGGACUUAAGUUGGUGUUUAGUGUUCACAUACUCACAGUAUCAAGACCUCUUCUGCCCUCUCAACUGGACAUAGAAUCCCCUUUAAGCAGAACCCUUUAACCUCUGUUCUAAUGAGUUAAUGCCCUGAGGCUGGAUUGCAGGUGCACAAUGGCUUGGCUUUGGAUUUACCAUGUUUUAUUUAGGUUUAUUUAGCUAAAGCGUUAAGCAGCUCACCCGUCUCAUCCCAAUUCCAAGACAUUGUAUUGCUUGUAUGUGUCACAAGGUAAAUCUGAAUCAGUAAAGGCAUAACUCCAGGAUAUGAGGGAUCCCAGUACCCAUAAUUAUGUGAGUGUGAAAUGAUAUGAUUUACUUGUUACAGGACCCACUUUCCUUCUCAUCUUCCUGUAGGUUUAGAAGAUCUUAAGUAUGUUACACUUAAAGGGCUGUUUUACAAUUACAACUCCCAGCCGCCCUCCACCAGGUCAGCAAAAGUAGAAAAGAUGGCAAUAGCAGUGGUGCAGUAUGAAGUGCAGACCCAGGUUUAAUGAGAAGCAACUCAGCAACUGUUAUUGUAAAGACAAUCUUACCUCCUCAAUAAACAUGUACGUUUCAAUAUGAAA